ACAGUACUGAUUACAAGUAUAGAUACAGGUGAGGUCAUGGCGGAGAUACUACCAGGAACACAAGAACGAAUACAUUGGGGGACUCGCGCCCUUAACGAUUAUUUCGUUAGACUCGUCUGUGAGCAACUUGAUUCUCAAUUUUCGCGCCGACACGUGUCACCGUUGACGUUGUACACUGACUAAGUUAACAUGCGAAUGUCAACUCAGUUUAAAGCGAGCUCGGUGGGGUAGUAGAUUCGGACUGCAUCUCUUCAGUUCAUCUAACGCCCCAUGGACUCGUGGCACCCAUCGUUUGAUCUGCGAACAGAGCUGCUCACUCUGGAGGAGCAGACGUUGCUGUCGUACACCAGAGCACAAGUCAUUCUUCAAGAGAUCAGUAAAUAUUCAUGCAUAUCGACCAGAGCCAAAAGCGUGCUCACACCUCCACAGAACUGACUCUCGACGAUGUUGACCUCUGCACGAGCGCAUUCAUCCGCAUGCACAGGCACCCGAUCAUGGCGCUUGACGUCGGCUGCGCCAAUAUACUUGCCUGCCAUGUCAAUCUCUUCUUGGGCACCAUCGCCCCGCUCAUUCCAAGGCGACCAGAUUUGAAACCGCUCGUCGAACGUGCUCUGAAGGGCGAGGUCAUGGGCAAUUUCCUGCUGACCGAAGUCGGCCAUGGUCUUGAUAUCUUGGGACUGGAGACCGUCGCCGAGAAAGUCGAGGAUGGUUUCAUUUUGCAUACUCCGAAUAGCAGCGCCUGCAAAUUCAUGCCUCCCACGAUGCCGCACCCAGUCAUUCCGAAGGUUGCAAUUGUUUUUGCGAGGUUGAUGGUCGGAAAAGACGAUCGUGGAAUCCAUCCGUUCCUUCUCCCGACGUCUUAUCCUGGCCGUAUGCACUCCAGAGUAUCUGCUGUUUUGUUACCUCCUCGGAACGGUACAUGUGCAUUGGAUUACGCACUGACCUCCUUCGACCAGGUCAAGCUGCCGCCCAGUGCAUUCCUUGGUGCAGACUAUCUGUCGGUCACGGACCAUCAUGCGUUACUGAAACAGUAUAUCCGAAGAAUAACGUUGGGCCAAAUCUGCAUACCGAUGGUCGCCGUGACGGGAAUCAAGCUGACAGCCUGCAUUGGCGUCGACUACUCGUAUCGAAGACACGUACAGGGAACGAGAGGGGAUAAGUUUCCCAUCAUGUCAUUCCGAACUCAGCAAUUACCGGUUCUCUACUCUGUGGCCGUUGCGCACGUGCUCGACGCCUGGUCGAACAAUGUUGCACAAGCGCUCGAAUCGCGGGUCGUCGAGGGUGACGUGCUGCAAGGGAUGGCGACAAUAUUCAAGACCACAGUAUGUCGGUUCACUGUUCAAUCGUACCGGGAAGUCGCGGAGCGCCUUGGGGCCCAGGGAACGUUUGGUCACAACUUUGUGAGCCGGAUUGAGAUGGACAUGCGUGGAUUGGUCAUAGCGGAGGGCGACGUGACGACCAUCGCGAUUCGCCUCUUCUCGGAGCUCUUGCAGAGAAAGUACACAUUGCCGCAGUGUACGCACGAAGGCACCCUCCUAGAGAAACACGCGAGGGGUGUGUACAAUCGAUGCGCACAGCUUCUAGGCGGCUUACCUGACGGCCAUCGCGACCCACUAUUCAACGCCCUCGUCCUUCCGCAGUGCGAACGUGGCGUUCUGGCGUUGGGCUGCAGCUAUGCAUACUCAUGUGCCUUAGACGCAGGCGUACCUCGCGUUCUGUUGGAUCUCUUCGAGUGCGCCGCCAUUCGCAUGGAUCCUGCAUGGUACACGGAGGUCGAAGGCAUCGGAGAGAUGGAACGUAUAAUGCGAGAGCACAGAGCGGUCACUGCCAUGCUACCACAUGUUCAGGAGCUUGCAGACGGCUUGAAGAUUAGGCAUGUAAUCCCUGUGCCGAUUCUUAGUGAUGCCGCAUGGGAUGCAUGGGUCGAGUCGCUGGUCCACAAGAAAGAGGCCUUGUCCCAUUUUUUUGGACCUUCACCCGCUAGAUUGUAGUAAAGCUGUCACGUCUUGGAGCCUUGAUCAUAACAGGCUCGUCACUUCCGAAUUAUAUAUUGGACGCCGAACGUUCCCACCGCAUGCACAGCCGGAGGAGAAAAGAGGAGGAAGGGUUGCUGAAGAGAUUAGGUUCGACGCAACCGACGCCGAAGGAAUAAGGUUUUCGAUCAUAAUGUUACUAUAAUUGGUACAAAAGGCCAUCUGCGACGAACAUCAUGGAGAUUUUGUGGAGA